UCAGAGAUAUAGCAGUUACACAUGUGAUACUACUGUCUUCUCCACUUCACCUGCGUUUAUAGCACUAUAUUUGUGCCAUUUUUUUGUAUUUGUUUGCAUAAUUGUCGUUGUGUUGUUACACACAAGGAAACACUAGAGACACAUAACAUAAACAUAAACGUAACGUUGUUUGUCAUUGCUUUAUUUUUAUUCCUCAACAUGUCAAUGUGCACUAGAGGCUUCAUUGUUUAUCUAGUGUCUGGUUUUGCCUUCGCUGUUUUGGCUGCUUUGUUCCUCACAAAUCACAGCCAUAAUGAUUACAAAGGACAAUCUCUGGUCAUGUUAUCUUCUGGAACUGAGAAAGUUUGGCCCGAAUUGAAGCCAAGUUGGAAACUUGUGUUGGCAUCAGUGAUUGGUUUUCUCGGAUCAGCGUGCGGAACAGUUGGCGGGGUUGGAGGGGGAGGCAUUUUCGUUCCCAUGCUUAAUCUGGUUCUUGGAUUUGAUACAAAGUCUGCGGCUGCUCUUUCAAAAUGUAUGAUAAUGGGGGCAUCAGCAUCAUCAGUUUGGUAUAAUCUGAGAGUGCCUCAUCCAACAAAAGAAGUUCCCAUAUUAGACUAUGAUCUAGCACUUCUAUUUCAGCCUAUGCUCAUGCUUGGUAUCACUGUUGGUGUCACUCUCAGUGUUGUCUUCCCCUUCUGGCUUAUCACUGUCCUCAUCAUCAUUCUCUUCAUAGGGACUUCCUCAAGGUCCUUCUCCAAGGGAAUCAUGAUGUGGAGGGCAGAGACUCUGCUCAAGAAUGAAAUGGCCAUGCAACAAGCAACUUUGGUUAAUUCCCAUGGAGAAUUUCUAAUUGACACAAAAUUACAUGAGCCAUUGAUCCCCAAAGAAGAGAAGUCAACUUUACAAAAUCUGUGUCUCAACCUUAAGUGGAAAAGGAUUCUAGUGCUGUUGGCUGUGUGGUUUUCUUUCCUACUAAUUCAAGUCAUCAAGAAUGAAGUGGAGGUUUGCAGUGCAUGGUAUUGGGUGCUUUUUGGCUUGCAGUUUCCAAUUUCACUUUUGGUGUUUGGUUAUGAAGCAGUCAAGUUGUACAAGGACCACAAGAAGAGGAUGAGCACAGGGAGCCUAGAAUAUAUCUGCGAGGCUUCAAUAGAUUGGACUGCUUUGCACAUUGCAUUUUGUGCACUAUGUGGCAUUGUAGGGGGAGUAGUUGGUGGCCUACUUGGUUCUGGAGGGGGAUUCAUUUUGGGCCCUCUUCUCCUUGAGAUAGGUGUCAUUCCCCAGGUUGCUAGUGCAACAGCAACAUUUGUGAUGAUGUUUUCCUCAUCACUAUCUGUGGUUGAAUUCUACAUUCUGAAGAGGUUCCCUAUUCCUUAUGCUUUAUACCUUACCACAGUGUCUGUUUUGGCUGGCUUCUGGGGACAAUUCUUUGUAAGAAGAUUAAUUACAUUUCUUGGGAGGGCGUCAAUCAUUAUAUUCAUCCUCUCAGGUGUCAUUUUUGCUAGCGCCCUCACCAUGGGUGUCAUUGGCAUUGACAAAAGCAUUCACAUGAUAAACAACCAUGAGUUCAUGGGAUUUUUAGGAUUUUGUAACAGCCAAUGAUUUAGAGAGCAGUUGGGGGAGGGGGAACAAAAGGUAAAAUCUAGAGUUGGUGUGAGAAAAGCUUGUAAAUUAAGGGAAGGAUCACAUAGCAUUCACAAAUUUUGACCUAGUUGACCAAAGCAUAAUAAGGAGAGUUUUCAGUCCUAUUUGUGAAAUUAGCUCAUAUA